AAUUUUUUGCAUGGCGGCCAUUACAAUUUGAUUUCCGGUGCGUCUCAAAAACGUGAAUUUCUAGAUUUAGAUUACAUUAAAAGAUUUUGUGCAUCCAAAUUAGCGUAAGAAAGAAUAAAAAUGGCAUAUAAAGGUGCAGGGCAAAAGGUUCAGAAAGUGAUGGUUCAGCCUAUCAACUUGAUUUUUAGGUAUCUGCAGAACAGAUCACGCAUCCAAGUAUGGCUUUACGAACAGGUCAAUCUGCGCAUUGAAGGUUGCAUAGUGGGCUUUGAUGAAUACAUGAAUCUUGUUUUAGAUGAUGCUGAAGAGGUUCACCUCAAAACACAACACAGAAAACGUUUAGGUCGUAUAAUGUUAAAAGGUGACAACAUCACAUUGAUACAGCAAGUCCAGUGACAUUUUUGAAACAGAUUUUGUUUUAAUGUAAAUUUGAUUGUUGUUAUAUUGUUUGUUUUUUUCAUUGACAAAUUGAUAGAAAAUAAAAAAACUGUUUGUUUUAGUUUUGCAAGAAAGCUAAUUUUAUGUAGAAAAAAAAUUCUACUUUUUGAAAAACGAAAUGGUUCUUUUUCAUUUUUUAUAUCAAGUUUCAAACAUUUGGCAACUUCUAGAACAGACUUAUUUGAAAUCAUUAAAACAAAUUUUGUUCUUUGCAAUUUAAAAUAUAUUUCCUUUUUUUUUAUUUUAUUAAUUUUCAUCUAUGUUACUCAUUUUAAUGUUCCACUGCAGGCAUCCAUUUAAUGUACAUAAAUCUGUAGUCAACAUUAAAUCAUUUUUAAUACAA